GAUUAUGAAUCGGCAAGCAAUUCUCGUGUUAUCAGUGAUGGCUCUUGUAGCCAAAUACAGUGAUGGCCUUCGAAACGCGCAUUGGAAUACGAAUUGGUCCCCAUGCGCAUCCGAAUGCUUGGAUUAUCAACCGUAUCAACUUGGUAAUAAAAUUGUGUUGAGAUGUGUUAGUUAUAUAGACAGAAACGGCGCUUGUCCGGAGGAUCAUUGCUUAAUAAAUAACAGCAGCAUCAGUCUGAGACACAUUUUUUGUUCAGAAGACGUGGACUGUCCAAGCCCUUACAAAUGCUGCAAAGACAAAUGCAACCUGGAUCACAAUAUAUGCAAACAACCGAUUUUUGUUAACUCCACCAUAAGUACAAUAUAAAUGUUUCGAUGUAGCGAAAAUUUUAAUCUGUGAAAUUUAAUAUUUUACCUUAUCAAACUUUGUAUCAUUUUCAAAUAAAUCAGAUUAGAUUAAGGUGGGUUACCUUUAUUUGCAACACAAACCCGUCAUUCAAUGCACAAAAAUGAAAGUAUACAGUUGGGUGGUGCCGCUUCUGUUCCUUGGAACUGCAAGUGCGUAUUUUCAUCACAUUGGUAUUGAGUGUCAAAAGUGGUGUUACUCCAUGGUUGGAGACACAGUGUAUUUGCAGUGCUGCAAUUACAGAGAUAAACAAGGAGUAUGUCCGAAUGAUUGCCUGGCAAACAACGGUAAAUAUUACAACUUUAGACAAAUCGCCUGCAAUUUGGACCAGAACUGUCCUUUCGGAUACAAAUGCUGUCGGGAUAAAUGCUACAGGUUCCACAAAAUUUGCAAACCAGCAAUCGAAUAUUUGGAAUCAAAGUGUCCGAAAUUGAAUGGUACAACAACAAUGACAACCACAACAACUACAACACAGAUUCCAACAACGGAAACACCGACAACUACAACUACAGAGAUUCCAACAACGGAAACACCGUCAACUACAGAGAUUCCAACAACGGAAACACCGACAACUACAACAACAGAGAUGCCAACAACUUUCGAAACAGAGAUGCCAACAAUAUAUGAAACAGAUAUACCAACAACAUUCGAAACGGAUUUCCCAGAAACAACGACCGAAGAUAGUAACGAAAUUAUAUCAGGAAGCGGAUUCUAUCCUCUACCAGAAGCGCAAUUUUUCGAUAUCGAUGAUGACGAUUUGUACUUUCAAAGUUAGAGGUUUUCCUUAAAUGUUGAAGUAAAUAAAAAGUAAUAUUUAAUGCUUCAAUAACAUUUAUGUAAUUCGUCUAUAAAAUACCUCAGAUAGUGCGGGUAAUCGGUUUCGCCAAUAUCCGAGACAGUUUGAAAUCGCUUCAAUGUUUUUGAAAACCAAAUAAUAGAAAGUGGACAAAAAAAGACUUGACUUGAUCAUUUAUGUAUAAAAAAAAUA